CAAAAAAUAAAAUAAAGCAUUUGGUGAGAAUAAUUUACUCUCUUACUUGGGCUUUCUUUUGCCUAUAUUAUGAAUGAGGAAAUAACAUUACCAGUCACCGUUAUCUACUGUGUGUGAAGCAUUUAUAAAUGUUAUUUAAUUUUCACAAUACCCCAGUAUGAGAAAUAUUCGUUCAGAGGAGAAAAUGUUUACUCAAAAGUACAAUGACUUCCCUAGGUCAUACAGGUAAACAGAACACAACAUAUUUACUUCUUACUAGAAGAAUCUAACUAUGGGUAAUACCCAGCUGGCAGCUUUUCUUUAGAAUACAUAAUUUUCUCUUCAGGGCUCCAAUCUAAAUUUUUAAAUUAUAUAACCACAUUACUAGAGCAUCUCAAAUGUUUACUUAAAAACAUUAAUUAAAAGAAUUCAAAUCAUAUAGCUCCAAAUUGUGUUUCAAAAUAAGUUCUGUUACACUAGUACAUUUCUUAGUCAUUCUGAGGUUUAUUGCACUUCCGGCAAGAGCUACUGAUAAACUUCCUCUGUUUUGCAGAAACCAUUUUAGUGGCUAGAGGACCAUUUUUAAACUGAGGUGAACCACCCCUUUUGCUUUCUUGGCCAAAUCACCAACAUGUCCUAUUAGAACAACAAUUUAGCACUCUACAAAAGAAGUUAACAGUCACUGAUAAAGAGGAAACCAAUCUCAAAUGGAUUCCAAGUAUUUCAUCCUAAUUUUGGUUUUUGGAUACCUGAACAACACAUUUUUCUCAGAGACAGAGGCAAGUAAAACAGAAAAGCAAUUACAAUCUACUUUACUUACAUCAUCAAUGCCAUAUAUCUCAGCUAAUUUUCAAAACACAAGAGGGACUCCUUCGGAUCAACCAAAACAAUUCAACAUUUCUUCUGGACAAUCAAUAUCACCUGUCAAAGUCGCUGCUGGACAACCAACACCUGCUCUUCAUGUAGCACAUACUCCUGCUGGACCACUUGCCUAUAACAUCACCAGACAACCAACAGCAGUAGCCAGCACUUCAUUCUCACGAACAGCACUACCUGUGUUGACCUCUGCCAGACAACCACCACCUUCUGCCCACACUUCCACCAGACAAUCACCAACACCAUCACUUUCCUACCCCACCACUCAACAACCGUCAUUACCCAUAGACACAUCUUCUGGAAAAUCAGUGCUACCAACUGUUGGUAAUCUAUCUAUACAGGCAACACCAACUGUCAAAAAUUUACCGAGGAUUACACCAGUGUUCAUUUUAGAAACUACCACUAACAAAAGAAUUUCAAAUAAAGUCAAUUAUAAUUCAAUAGCUGCUAUAUUAAUCAGUACAAUUCUGACUUGUAUGUUGGUGGUUAUAAUCAUAAUUGUCCUAUGGAAAUGCUUGAGAAAACCAGUUUUAAAUGAUGGAAACUGGGCAGGCAGGUCUCCAUUUGCUGAUGGAGAAACCCCUGAUGUAUGUAUGGAUAACAUUAGGGAAAAUGAAGUAUCUACAAAACGUACAUCAAUUGUUUCACUUAUGAACUGGAAACCAAGCAAAAGCACACUUUUAGCAGAUGACUUAGAAAUUAAGUUGUUUGAAUCAAGUGAAAACAUUGAAGAUGUCAACAACUCCAAAACAGAGAAAAUAAAAGAUCAAGUAAAUGGUACGUCAGAGGACAGUGCUGAUGGGUCAACAAUUGGUACUGCUGUUUCUUCUUCAGAUGAUGCAGAUCUGCCUCCACCACCUUCACUUCUUGAUUUGGAGGGACAGGAGAAUAAACAAACUGACAAACCCAUAAUGACAAUGACAACUGAUCAUGAUCCUACUAAUUUCCAACCAUCUCUGAACAGUCUAAAUCAAGUCUCCGAAGAUCAUAAUUCUGAGAUCAAACAGUCAUAUACAUCAUGCCCUGACUCAUUUAACUUGCCUCUGCCACCAGAAGAUUUCAUAAAAAAUCAAGAUGAUUCCAAUAAUGAGAUCCAGUGUCAGGAGUUUUCUAUUUCUCCUGACUCUAAUCAAGAUCUUAAUGAUUCCCUGCCACCACCACCAGCAGAAUUAUUAUAAAUAUUAUAACUUGCUAUUAGCCAAUCUUCUAUCUUUAAAUGAUUCUAUCUUUUGUUAUUUCUCAUGUGAUGAAAUAUAUAAAAUGGUAACUGGUAGCCAAUUUUGAUUUUUAUUCAGGAACUACCAGAAAUGUGUUUAAAACCUAUGUGUAUAAGUGGAAUUUUUUUAAAAACUGAUAAAACAAUGAUGUGUUUAUUAGCUAUAGUACCUAUCAUUAAAGUACAGUACAUCUUACAUGUAGAUGGUAUAUAUGUCAAUAACUUAAACAUUUUGGAAACUAGCUAUUGACAUAUACUUUUUAUUACUCAACAGACUUUUUAUUUUUUCCUGAGAGCUGUAUAUAAACUUAUCUUGAAUAAAUAAAAUUGAAUCUUUCCAUUUCAAAGUUUAGGAUGGGAAGGCAUAAGUUACGAAGUAUACAUUCCAAGUUUUAAAUUAAUACCUCAAGUGUUAUAUAAAUAUUCCAAAUAUUUUUUUAUUCCAAAUAAAUAUUAUGGGAAGGAAAGAUUGAGUUUGAGAAUAAAGAAAUUUUCCUCGUUGGUCUUACUGGAAAUAGUAAAACAAACAUAUUAAAACAUCAAACUGUAGAACUGGUUUGGUGACUUUGCCCUGAAAAAAAUGUGAGCAUGCACCAUGAAAUAUAGGCAUUUUCCCAUCAUGCUGAGAAAGUGAAACAUUUUAAACUAGUUUACUUAGGAUGUUACUUAUUGGAGCUGGGGAUGCAGCUCAGUGGUAGAGUGCUUGCUUAUCAUGUGCAAAAGCCAUGAGUUCAAUUCUCAGCACUGGAAAAAAAAAAAAAGUCACUUCAUCAUAUACCUUAAAAACACAAACAAAAGGAAGUGUUAGGAAGAGAGGGAGAAAGGAACCAUCUGUCACUAUACACUGAAACUUCCUUUUUUUUUUUUGUACCAGGGACUGAAACCAGUGGCGCUUAAAUCACUAAGCCAUAUCCCCAAUGCUUUUUGAGACAUGAAAGUUGCUUUUAAACAACCUUUUUAAAAUGCAGAAUUUCAUCUUUUAUCCAGUACCUGAAAAAAUGUGAGGUAUCAGAGUAGUGAUGGGUCCAAUCUUUAUCGAAAUGAAGGUGGAGAGCAGUUAUGUCCUGAACCUAUGGAGAUGCCAGCCUGUGUUUGCAGAAAUGCUUCUUUGCCCAUAGUUUUCCUCUUUGCACAUAGUUUUCCUCUUUAUCCCCAAAUGAACUCCAAUGGGAGAGACUCACUUAGAAUGAAAUAUGGUAGCCUUACUGCUAGCUUAGCCUUAGAGAAUCUCUCAUAGUUCUGGGAUUUUAAGAAAAGAGUACAGUAUUUAUUGGUAGAACCAGUGUUCAAGAAACUAAUAAAGUUCCAUCUUUAAUAAAAACUAAGACUUUUAGACUUUGGAUUUUAUGUACAAUGUCCUUAUUCCAGGGCAUUUCUUACUGAUCAUUAACACUUUUUAUCCAGGAAGCAUUCUUCAAGCUACUUACGUUUCCUGAAUAAGCAUGUUUGUCAUCAUACUGAAUUAGUUCUCUUCUCUUUUCUAUUUAAAAAACUCUUUUGUGUGUUUUUCUAACUAAGCACUUUUAGGGCUAAUUUACCCAGCUGUUAUGGGGAGUCUGAGAAUUUCUCAAUAUUCUUUGGAAUUUUAAGUAUUUUAGUUGUGGUGAAUGAGAUACGAUGUGUUUAUAUGUGGUCAAGUCUUUGACAUACCUUGAAUCAUCAUAACCUGUAAAUUUCACAUAUAAGGUAGUUACCUAAAGGGUUCUUUCCACAUUUUUGUUCUUCUCAACA